CGUCCUGUUGCUUCUGGAGGUCUCUCUGCAAGGGAGAGCUUUACCUCCCAUACGGUAUUCACACGCGGGGAUAUGCCCAAAUGACAUGAACCCCAACCUGUGGGUAGACGCGCAGAGCACUUGCAAGAGGGAGUGCGAAGCUGACCUGGAAUGCGAGACCUUUGAGAAGUGCUGUCCCAAUGUCUGUGGGACAAAGAGCUGCGUGGCGGCUCGGUACAUGGACGUCAAGGGCAAGAAAGGGCCGGUGGGAAUGCCCAAAGAGGCAACCUGUGACCGUUUCAUGUGCAUCCAGCAAGGCUCAGAGUGCGACAUCUGGGACGGGCAGCCCGUGUGCAAGUGCAAGGACAGGUGUGAGAAGGAGCCGAGCUUCACCUGUGCCUCCGACGGGCUCACCUACUACAACAAGUGCUACAUGGAUGCAGAAGCUUGCAUCAAGGGCAUCACAUUGAACGUAGUCACCUGUCGAUACCACCUUACCUGGCCGAACACCAGCCCUAUCCCUGCAGAAACAACAGCUCGCCCUACCACCGCCUAUUCUGAGACAACGAUCAUCGACAUCCUGCCGCCAGCUCUCGUGAACAACCCCGUCCAUCAGUCUGUCUACGUGGGAGAGACCGUCAGCUUCCUCUGCGAUGUUACAGGAAGGCCCAAGCCAGAAAUCACAUGGGAGAAGCAGGUUGAUGGGAAAGAAAAAGUCAUCAUGAAGCCAAAUCACGUCAGAGGGAAUGUUGUGGUCACCAACAUUGCCCAGCUGGUCAUCUACAACACCCAGCUUCAAGACGCAGGCAUCUACACCUGCACGGCCAAAAACAGCGGUGGCCUUCUCAGGGCUGAUUUCCCUUUGUCAGUCAUCAAAGGAGAACCCACAUCCAAAGAAGCUUCCCAGAACAAAACACACUUUCCAACUGAUGAGUGCCUGAAGCAACCAGACAGCGAAGACUGUGGAGAAGAGCAGACCAGGUGGUACUAUGACGCAAAGAAAAACAACUGCUUUACUUUCAUUUACGGGAACUGUAACAGCAACCUCAACCACUUUGAGACCUAUGAGAACUGUAUGUUAACGUGCAUGAACGGCCCGAUCAACAUUUGCAAUCUGCCAGCCCUCCAAGGCCACUGCAAAGCCUACGAGCCCAGGUGGGCCUACAACAGCCUGACAAAGCAGUGCCAGUCCUUCAUUUACGGCGGGUGCGGAGGUAACGAGAACAACUUUGAGAGCCGGGAGGCCUGUGAAGAGAUGUGCCCUUUCCCGAAGAACACGCACUGCAAAGCCUGCAAGCCACGCCAGAAGCUGGUGACCAGCUUCUGCAAAAGCGACUUUGUUAUCCUGGGCCGCAUCACAGAACUGACCGAAGAUCAAGACUCAGGACACGCCCUGGUGACAGUGGAGGAGAUUCUCAAAGAUGAAAAAAUGGGAUUAAAAUUCCUGGGGAAGGAACCACUAGAAAUCACGCUUUUGAACAUGGACUGGAGCUGCCCGUGUCCCAACAUGACCACAGUGGAUGGCCAGCUCAUCAUCAUGGGAGACGUCCACAAUGGCAUGGCUGUCCUACAGCCAGACAGCUUUGUGGGGACCUCCAGCAUCCGGCGUGUACGGAAACUCCGCGAAGUCAUCCAUAAGAAAACCUGCGAGCUUUUGAAAGAGUUCUUAGGAUUACAUUAACCUCCUGCACACGUGUCAGCCUCCCAGACCUGUGUGUUAUGUAGGGCUAACAAGCGCUAGGCUAGUGCACAAACUAAACGAGCUGUUUGAAGAUACAGUGUAGGAAUUAUGCAGAACCCUUAUUUUAAUCCAUUAAUGAUGCUUAGCAACAAUGUAGUAUGGUCUUUGGCAAGCACGUAAGACAGCAGCAAAAGGCUAUUAAUCUUGCAUUGAAAUCAAUUUGUCCAUAUAGGAAUGCCAUUUAACUAGAUGACUCACUGCAGUAAUUAUACAAUUUUUAUAUAGCUUCCAUCAUAAAUGACGGAAUUCAUAGCAUUUGUGUAGUUAAUUGGUACACAGCUAAGUAAUAUAUAAUGUCAACUUAAUCUGUCUCAUUUACAGUAUGGAAAUGUUAUGGUAAGUCAUUAUAAGUAAGUCACACUCUUGUCUCCUCAUAGCAGCACUAAUAUAUUUCACGAGAAAAGCCUGUAAAUUAUUGUCUGUAUUUACAAUUGCGCACAUUUAACCAAUCUAUGUGUUAUGAAUUUGCUUAUUUUAAUUCCUAGCAGUUUCCUUUGGAUUGUACCUCGUUUUUUGAAUGGCAACUACUACCUGCUGGCAAUCCUUACCUGAGAAAACUUCCCACUGAAGAACUCCCUUUAUCCUAAACCCAGGACAACAGGUCCGUGUAGAAGCCCAAGGCACACUCUCACCCCUGAAAUUACUUUUCUGUCAUAAGAACAAUGUCAGCGAACACCCUUAUUCUAUUGCACUUUCCUAUUUUCGUUUUAAUCAAUAUAUUGUCUGUCUAUCACACAAAGAGCAAGGCAGGAGGAUGGCAGUGUGCUGCCAGCUGUUUUGCUUUUGAAAAUCCUUUCCAUCUGAGCACAUGCAGUGAUUUAUUGCUUAAUUUCAUCAGAAAGCCUGUUUUUAUAGGCGAGAAAGUAAAAUAAAAGCAAAAUGAAAUCCAAAAUAGAAAAGUGCAAUACACAGUCUGCAGACUUUUCACACGUGCACAGACACAAAGCCAGUGAAGCACAAAUGCAUAGACACGGACACACACAGUAGACAGUUUAAAGAUAUUUAUCAAUUUGAGCCUUUUAGGGCAUGCUUUCAAAUGAUGGAAAACAUUUUGUGCUAGGCCACUGUACAUAUGUGCAUGAAUAAAAACCCCAAGAAAGACGGUGUGGGCUGUGGGUGUGAGCUUGCAUAUACACAUUUUAACAUUUGUGUGUCCCAAAAAUGUAACAUUUGCCUAUGUAAAAAUCCUUAAAUAAAGAAAAGGUUGAUCCUGGAAAAAUCCUGCCUCUACUGGGGAAUGUCCUUGCCCGUCAAAGUGGGACGUGAGGGCUACACGGUGAGUCUCAUCCAUAGCACCUCUUGGUUGGGGUGGGUCACCUCACCCAAGGCACCUCUUGGUUGGGUCACUGCAGUGCCCACCAUGGCACAGAAAGCAACCGAGGGCUGGAGCAGCCCCCAGCCCCACCUCAGGGAGCUGAGGGAGGUGCAGUGAGCACUGCUCCAUGCUGACAUCCAACGGGUGGGCUGGGGGCCCUGCCCGCUCCUGCGCACCCAUGUAUGAUAAGGGCUGGCAGAAGGAGAUGAAAGAAGCAGAUGUUGCACUUCAGCAUCGCAUACAAGCCUCUACAUCCCCAAAGCUUGCACACAUCGGGUGUUUUGCAACUGUCAGGGGUUGCAGGAAAGAAAUCUAAGAGUGGGGAAGGUGAAUUGAGAAGUUAAAAGUGGAGCCCUACUCCAGUUUUCAUGGUGGGUUUUGGGCUCAGCAGCCAGGCAAUGGGCAGGGACCCCAAGGAGGCAGAGGGUUGGGCUUCUCUCCUGGUGGUCUGGGCUUGGGCUGCAUCCAACAUGCUCCAGCAACAGGAACUGAUCUAAAUCUCUGCUUACGUGUGUAAUUCUGGAAGAAGCUGGGUGGGAGGGAGAGGAGCCUGGAUCAGACUGCUGACCAAGAAAAUACCCACUUGCUUUUUGUGUUGCACCUUUCCUAUGCGUAAGUGAGAAAAACGCCAAUUAAAGGUUCAUAACAUUUGCCUGUAUCUCAUAACAACUCCUUCCUGGGGCCAAGAGGUGCCAGUCCCACUGCCCCGAGCCCAGGCCGUGGCAUCUGUCAUACAAGGAAGCUGUAGGAAGUGGUAUGUUCCUGCCACGCUUUCCAACGCCGAGGCAUUGGAACAUGGAGGUUUAAUAAAGACUGGCUUUAUAUGGUUCUUUCUUCCAGAAGCUAAAGGAUUUUGCAAGUGUGGGAGUGUUUGAGCGGCUCUGGAGACAUACCCGGUUGUUCCAGAAGAGCUGGGAUGCAAAAGCUGCUGAGAGCAAAAAGUAGCUGAUGCAUGGCUUUUCCAGCAAGCACAUUACCGUGCUUAUGUCUAAAUGCAGUCUGAGAACUGCUGCUCCCCAAGGCAGAAGGAGCUGUGCCAUAGGCAUCCCCUCUCGGGGUGAAAUCCAUCCCUGGCCACCCCAGCAGCACCUCCCCUGGGCACAGGGCUGCCAUGAGCAGAGCCUCACCACCUUCUGACCUUGAAGAGCUUAGCUUGCCACUUGAAGCUAAUAUUUUAGUUCAGCCUCUUAUUAAACCUUUAAGAAGCCUAAAAUUCAAGUCUGACCAGUCAGCCAGCCCGAGGAAAGCACACGCACAGGGCCAAGCGCUGAAGGAUGUAGUUAAAGCCCUUGCAAGGCUAAUAGGUACUUGCACGGAGCUCCUGAUCAGAAAAUCCCUCUCGCAUUGUUCACACAGUUUUCUGUCCUGUUCUCUAGGGUGCAUAUUUCAAGGCAACCUUGAGGUUGUCAGAAAGCUGGAUGGAAAUGCCAGUUUGUAUCAAAAGUGUGAGAGAAAGGGAAAAGCCUGUUCAAUUUCUCUCCUGGCCUGGACACAGGCUGGGAAAGCACAUGGUGGUGGAGCUGGAGGCAGGAGACCCUCUCCAAAGCACAUGGCAAAGGCCAGCAGCCUCUGGGGCAGAGCUGAGUCAAACGUGUCCAAGCAUGGAGAGCAGCAGCAUUUCCAUGGACACCCACCUGUGUUUGUUGGGCUGGCACUGAGUUUGGGCAGAGCAGGAGGUCUGCAGGUCCUGGGACUUGUGCCGAGCUUGGCAGCAGGUAGAGCUCAUGUGUGGGAGGAGAGGGAGAAGGGACAGGGACCUGCAGGGACCUCUGCAGGGCUCAGGAUGGAGCCGGAGGUGUGCCGGACCCUCGAGCUGCAGGAAUGCACAGACAGUGAGUGAUCCAGGAGCGCACAGAGCUGCUGGCACCAGCACCACUUGCCCACCUCCCGGUCUGGAGUGACGAUGAAAAGUGCAACGCAUUGAUCUGCAAACCCUGCUGCUACAGCUGAAUGGAAACCAUCCAGCACAUGGAUCUGAAAAUGAGUCACAGGUUACUGUGCAAACCAUCUGCACAGCCGAGCUCUAUUAGCAGAGGGACAAAAUACCAGCAAAAAAGUGACGGCGAGAAGCCUCUGACAGAGCACGCCCGUGUUAUGGGACCUGGCAGCACAGGGUGUGAGGGCCCCAAGGGAGCAAGCACGGAGAGGUGGCUGCGUAAUUCUCAGAGGUAGGGGCCUGCAUCAGCACAAACCCUGGAGCAGCUAAGGUCAAGGGAAAGAGGAAAUUGAGAAAGAGGAAAUAUUCGCGUUGUGGGAGUCAGAGAUGAGGUCAGGCAGAAGCUUUGAUGGGCAACCAGCUCCAGAAGUAGGAGCAAACAGAGAUGGUGACACCACUGGAACAUGAUUCAGAUGGCAGGGGUAUUUAAGAGCUUAGCUCCCAUUUGUUUCAAAGGGAAUUAAGGGACCCCUGCAAGAAUUACUGCCUGCCGUGGGCCUGGGCUCCUGAGGGCGGUGGCUGAAGCAAAGCUGCUGCACGGCUUCCUGCAAAAAGAAGGAAUCAAACCGGCACCAAACAAGCACCAUGCAACACGAGCCCUGCUUCCUCCACAUGAAGCACCUCGUGCCUGGUUCACUGAAAUUCGCCCCGUGUGCACAUAGCGUGAAAUUCUCAUAUAGCCAAUUGCCAGGAAAAGAUUAUGGCCGGGCUGGAUAUCUACAUCAGGGUUGUGCGGAGCCAGGUUUCCAGAGGCCCCGGGUGCUGGGAGCUGCUGGAGUCAGUGAGAGCCCUUUGCUGCUCCUCAGCUGUGAGCACGUCACCCCGAGCCAGAGCUGCGAGCCUGGAGCCUGUGUUUUUAUACCAAAUAUUUAGUGUUUUCCCCUUCGCAGGCUCUGGUUACUGAUUGACUACAAGUGACCUCCAACUGCCUUAUUGAUUUACAGCGGCUGUCAAAGGACAAAAAAUGAGCCUCAUGCUCAGGAUCUGAGAAAUACUGUGAAUGGAGGUUGCACAACUGAAUAAAUGUUCUGCCAGCUCUUUAAAUCUUGAAAAAAAUGCCAGCUUGAGCUCCUGAUCUACAAUGCAAACACCAGUGGGAUAUGAAGAUAACACUGCAGCAUUAUUGGACAUAUCUGUUAGCCAAAAAAGCAGCACAGCCUGCUUAAUUCACAGCUAUUUAUGGCUGGGCAAAUGAUAUGACAUUCAGGCCCAAGAGCUUAGAAACUCAAUGGAAGGUCUCGCAAAGGCUGCUCUGCAGUUCAGAUUUCAGCCAGAAAGUUCCAGUUUUGGUGUUUUACUCUGGGUCUAUCAGUCUCUCUGCUCAGACAACCCUCCGUGGUGCCACCUCUGCAUGGGGGUUACAGGACACAAAGGCCCAUGGGUCUCGUCGCACCCGGCAAUGCCUACCCUCUCAUUUGUCACAGUGAAAUCAAGAAAUGCAGGAGGAAAGGAGGAGGCUGGAAAAGAGAAUGAGGAAAAGAGGGAGGAGGGAGAGCAUUUUUACACCUUAAACUGGCACGAUGACACGGUAGUUGGACUGGAUUAACUGGCAUGAAAAGGAACUACCCCUUAAGGAGUCUGUACCUUCUUUUCCUCCUUUGCUCCACUCCUAGCACGCUCAGAUCAAAGUGGGUACUGUAACAUGCGUAAAGGACAUUACUUCCACUACUGCUUGAAAUAAAGAAAAAAAUAGCAGUAAUAAAUCUCCAGAAUCAGAUGGUAUUCACCCAAGGGUAAAAGUACUCACAUAAGAAAUUGCUUAACUAUUAACUGCAGCGGAUAACCUUUGCUUGCUUCUUUGCAGGACCGGAGGGCUGGAAGGUGGCAAACACGGGGCUAAUUUUAGAAAAGGUUUCCCGGGAACUGGUCACAAGAACUCAGCAAGUCUGGUAGAAAGUGUAAAAGAGAACAAAACUCACCAGAUGAAUGAGUGUGGUGUAAAAAGGAAGAGUCUAGUCUGCAAACUUCAUGGGGGUGAAGCAGUGCUCUGUAACUCUUUGAAGCAGUCAUGAGGACAGAGAUGGUCCAGCUGAUAGAGCUGACUUGGAUUUCGGAAAAGCUCUGGGGGGAGUUCUCACCCAAGAUCUUUAAAGAAACUUAGCUGUCCUGUAGUGAGACAUAAAGCAGUCUCUUGAGCCAAGGACUGGUUAAACAAAGGAAAGAGGGGGUGAGAAUGAAAGGUCAGCUUUCAUAAUGAAGGGAAGUCAUCAGCAGAGUCCCCUGGGGACAUGUACGAUGGCCUGGGCUGCUUAAUGGAAAUGAUCUGGAAAGGGAUUGGAGAGGCAGGUUACCAGCUUCGUUGUCAAUACCAAGUCAUUUAGGACUGCAAAAAGACAAGCCAACAGAGGAGCUGUAGAAGGACACUGUAAUACCAAGUGACAAGAUGACAAAAUAGCAGAUGAAAUACAAUAUUGAUUAAUAUACAUGGGGGGAAAAACAAGCUGUAACUUCGCAUUGCAGUGAUACCUUCAAACAAGCUAUUCUUAUUGGAAACCUAGACGAUUUGGGACUGAAUUCCCCUCAAUUUGCUGCUCUCUGAAUUCUGGGUCUCUGCCUUGAACCCCCCUAGCAGAGCUCAGCUCAGGCCACACAGAUGAUGGCCAGGCUCUCCCCACGACCCUGGGGAGCAAGGGGCUGCUCCGAGUCGUCACAGAUAGAUUUUCAAAGGUAGUUUGAUGCAUAAGGAUAACAGCUGCCAGCAGCAUUUAGGAACUUGAAAGCAAAUUCAUUUCUAUUACUUCUCAUUCACCUGGGUUUAUUUGGAAAAGCCAAGCAGACAUCUCUAUCACCUGCAGGAAUAUACAUGCUAAUUGGCAAUAUGUAGGAAAAUAAAUGUAAAUCUGGCCCCGUUGCUUCCCAAAGUGGCACGGGCAGCAGCUGCGCUGCCCUCCGGUCUGAGUCCCUGUCUCUCUGCUCCCUGCUAGUGCCUCCAAAAUCCCACAGACGGCAUGGUAAACUCAGCAAGAAUAACCACAAUGGGGAUUGACCACACUUCUGUGCUCCAGCGAAGGAAAAGCCGGGGCUGAGCCCCCCCAGAAACAAAGCCACAAGCUACACAUGAGCCUCAGACACGCACCCGUGACUGCGUUUUGUCCCAGGACACCCUUUGAAGGCUGUGGGGCCAGCACAGACCAGAACCUCUGCAACCUGUGGCCCUCAGCAGAGCUCUCCAUGUCCAGUUCAUGUCCAGAUCCUGUCCAGUGAUGUCCAACCAUACCACUGUGGUCACAGGAGACAAACCCAAGCACCAGCAGCUGACCAUACACACGCACAACUGCUGCGCCCACCACGACAAACCCCAGAUCCCACACAGCCACAGCUUCCUAUUUUUGCAAUGUUUGGGAUGUAGAGAAAAACAAACAACCCCCCCCCCUCGUCCCCCAGCACUGAAAUGACGUCAGAAGGCUGGAAAUUGGGGCAGGAGCAUCCAGCUGCUCCCACGGCCUGACACAAGAUGGCGUGUGGCAUCGCGCUUUGGGGCCUUGCCUCUCGCCUUGCACCCGCCCGGUUUCUUCCCUUCCUAAAGUGAAAUAUUCUCACCUACUGUGCUUAGAUUUGCCUAGCUCUCGUCAAUUUAACUGUUUCACAGACACUCUGCUGUAUAAUUUAGGUUUUUCUAAGGGGAAAACAACCCCUGCGGAGCUGGAUGGCUGGGGUCGCGCUUCGCUGCCUUUCAUCCUUGCCUGGUAAGCGAUACAGCAGAGAAAUGUGAGGUUUAUUGGAAAAAAUAGAUAUAGUCGGCAGUGUGAUAAGGCAGUCAAAAUCCAUUUGCAGAGCUGCAAGAAAAGGACACAAUGUAUAAUUUAUUUGGUGCUUUUUGUCUCCCUGUAUGCAGAUUGUCUGGUUUCUAAAUAUAUUGGUCCAGUUAUUCAAAAUUAUUCAUGAAUCUCUUCAAUGAAUAAUACUUGACCUGCAGAUAAUCCAAAGAGUGAAUAUUGCAAUCAAAUUCUCCAUUUCUGCUGUAAUUUAUCGUAGCUAACAGAUGUAUACGACUCAGGUAAUUAACUCAGGAUGAAACUCAAACUGUAUAUUUGAUUAUAAUAUUUGCAAUUCACAAUUUGCACUGUGCUAGCUGGCUCGAAAAGUCAUCUAAUCAAGAGACGAGCAAAAGUAUCUUAUCGCUGGCAUAACUAAAUUGCUGCUCCUCUCAGUCGGUUUGGCAUUUAAGCGAAAGAAGAGCCGUUCACGGGUACGUGCAAGCGGAGCUGCAGCACUGUGAGGGCUGUGCACAGGCAGGGCAGACCUGCACAGACUCAGCAGUGAACAAACACAGAUUAAAAGCGAAAUGCUAAUAGCUUUCUUAGAUCUACAGAUUGAACAGGUGUGAGAAACAGGACUCACA